UUUACGUUCGCCUAGGUUCUGUCAAGCCCACCGGCUCGCUCCUCCGUGCCAAGAUGGCGGCAGAAGCAGCUGGUGGGAAAUACAGAAGCACAGUCAACAAAAGCAAAGACCCCUCGGGGCUGCUCAUCUCUGUGAUCAGAACUCUGUCUACUAGUGAUGAUGUGGAAGACAGAGAAAAUGAGAAGGGCCGCCUUGAGGAAGCCUAUGAGAAGUGUGACCGUGACCUGGAUGAGCUUAUAGUGCAACACUACACAGAACUGACAACAGCCAUUCGCACCUACCAGAGUAUCACUGAGCGCAUCACUAACUCUCGGAACAAAAUAAAGCAGGUAAAAGAAAAUCUGCUUUCAUGCAAGAUGUUGUUACACUGCAAACGUGAUGAACUUCGGAAACUGUGGAUUGAAGGAAUUGAACAUAAGCAUGUCCUGAACCUGCUAGAUGAAAUUGAGAACAUCAAGCAAGUACCUCAAAAGCUGGAACAGUGCAUGGCCAGCAAACACUAUCUCAGUGCCACUGAUAUGCUGGUAUCAGCAGUGGAAUCUCUGGAGGGUCCCUUGCUCCAGGUGGAAGGAUUGAGUGACCUCAGGCUAGAGCUUCACAGCAAGAAGAUGAACCUACACCUGGUUCUCAUAGAUGAACUGCACCGGCACUUGUACAUCAGAUCCACUAGUCGAGUUGUGCAGAAUAACAAGGAAAAAGGCAGAAUGAGCUCCCAUGUGAAGGAUACCUCUCCUGGCCCUCUGAUUGAUGUUACAAAUCUCCCUACUCCACGAAAAUUCCUGGAUGUUGCUCAGUAUUCUGGUGGAAGCUCAGUUGUGAGGGACGUAAACUUGCAGGACAUCAAGGAGGACUUGGAAUUGGACCCAGAGGACAACAGCACCCUUUUUAUGGGCAUCCUUAUCAAGGGUCUGGCUAAAUUGAAGAAGAUCCCAGAGACAGUUAAGGCAGUCAAAGAGCGCUUGGAGCAGGAGCUAAAGCAGAUUGUGAAGAGGUCCACCACACAGGUGGCAGACAGUGGCUAUCAGCGAGUAGAGAACCUCACUGUGGAGAACCAACCAAGGUUACUUCUAGAGCUGCUGGAGCUACUGUUUGACAAGUUUAAUGCUGUAGCCACUGCACACUCUGUGGUCCUGGGAUACCUACAGGAUGCCGUUGGGAUCCCGCUGACUCAGCAAGAAGAGAUCAAAUUGUAUGAUAUGGCAGAUGUGUGGGUAAAGAUCCAAGAUGUGUUGCAGAUGCUGUUGACUGAAUAUUUGGACAUGAAAAAUACUCGUACAGCCUCAGAACCAUCAGCUCAACUCAGCUAUGCUAGUACUGGACGAGAGUUUGCAGCCUUUUUUGCCAAAAAGAAACCCCAAAGGCCAAAGAAUUCUCUUUUCAAAUUUGAAUCAUCUUCCCAUGCUAUCAGUAUGAGUGCCUAUCUGCGAGAACAGAGAAGGGAGCUCUAUAGUCGGAGUGGAGAACUUCAAGGGGGUCCUGAUGACAACUUAAUUGAAGGUGGAGGAACAAAAUUUGUCUGCAAACCUGGAGCCAGAAACAUUACUGUCAUAUUUCACCCAUUACUAAGGUUUAUUCAAGAGAUUGAGCAGGCCUUGGGCCUUGGUCCCACCAAGCAGUGUCCUCUUCGAGAGUUUCUCACUGUGUACAUCAAAAACAUCUUCCUCAAUCAGGUCUUGGCCGAGAUCAACAAGGAAAUUGAAGGAGUCACUAAAACAUCUGACCCCCUGAAGAUCCUAGCUAAUGCAGACACCAUGAAAGUACUGGGGGUGCAGCGGCCUCUCCUGCAGAGUACAAUCAUUGUGGAGAAAACAGUGCAAGACCUCAUGAACCUGAUGCAUGAUCUGAGUGCAUAUUCUGAUCAGUUCCUCAACAUGGUGUGUGUGAAGCUCCAGGAAUACAAGGACACCUGCUCUGCAGCCUAUAGGAGCAUUGUACAAUCAGAAGAAAAACUUGUCAUCAGUGCAUCUUGGGCAAAAGAUGAUGAUAUCAGUAGACUUUUGAAAUCAUUACCAAACUGGAUUAAUAUGGCUCAGCCCAAACAGCUGAGGCCAAAAAGAGAAGAAGAAGAAGAUUUCAUAAGGGCAGCCUUUGGCAAGGAGUCUGAAGUUCUAAUUGGGAAUCUGGGUGAUAAACUAAUCCCUCCACAAGACAUCCUCCGUGACGUCAGUGACCUGAAAGCCUUGGCUAACAUGCAUGAAAGCCUGGAAUGGUUGGCAGGCCGUACAAAGUCAGCUUUCUCCAAUCUUUCUACAUCUCAGAUGCUUUCUCCUGCUCAAGAAAGCCAUGUGAACAUGGACCUGCCUCCUGUCUCCGAGCAGAUCAUGCAGACUCUCAGUGAACUUGCCAAGUCCUUCCAGGAUAUGGCCGACCGCUGCUUGCUGGUCUUGCAUCUGGAAGUGAGAGUUCACUGUUUUCACUAUCUCAUCCCUCUAGCAAAGGAGGGGAACUAUGCCAUUGUUGCCAAUGUGGAAAGCAUGGAUUAUGACCCUCUAGUGGUCAAGCUCAACAAAGAUAUCAGUGCCAUUGAAGAGGCUAUGAGUGCCAGCCUUCAGCAGCACAAGUUCCAGUAUAUCUUCGAAGGCCUGGGACACCUCAUCUCCUGUAUCCUCAUUAAUGGUGCUCAGUACUUCAGGCGCAUCAGUGAAUCUGGCAUCAAGAAAAUGUGUAGGAACAUUUUUGUUCUUCAGCAGAAUUUAACCAACAUCACCAUGUCGCGGGAGGCAGACCUGGACUUCGCACGGCAGUACUAUGAGAUGCUCUACAACACGGCCGACGAGCUCCUGAACCUGGUGGUGGACCAGGGCGUGAAGUACACGGAGCUGGAAUACAUCCAUGCCCUCACGCUGCUGCACCGAAGUCAGACCGGGGUGGGUGACCAGACCAUCCAGAACACGAGGCUGCAGAGGCUCAAGGAGAUCAUCUGCGAGCAGGCGGCCAUCAAGCAGGCCACCAAGGAUAAGAAAAUAACCACCGUUUAAUGGGAUGUGCUGCAGUGGGGUGGGGCUUGCUUUUGUCUCCUCAGGCUCUCUUCUUUAUUUGGUAUAUUAUUUGGUGUCUUCCAAGGCUAGUUUGUCUGUGCUGAUGCUUUAGUGGAAAGAAAGUGUAAGGGUUAAUUUCUUUCUUGAGUUUUGGCUUUUGUUAUAGAUGUUGAAUAAAGUUUGCAAUACAAAAUGUUUUGAUAUAACAGCUACUUUAGUACAGUUGAUUGCAAAGGGUCUGGGGCCAGGCAGGGCAGGAAGGUAUGUUACACUACUACAUUCUAAAAAAUGAAUGAGUGACUAAUAUUUUAUUUAUUCCCUAGCAUAUAUAAAAUCCCAGCUUUAAAAGCAGACUGCCACCUGUUUUAGUCCAUUCUUAAAGCCACUUACUAGUUUUCUGGUACAUAAACAGCAGGAUUUUUGGUCUCUUGACCUUGUUGGUUUACAGUCCAAUGAAGUAAGUAUAUGUGCAUUGUUUUCUGUCACUUGUACCAAAAUCACAUAAAUGACUUCUCAGCUGGCUUUGGCUUUCAGCAAAUUUCUCUAACCAAAACAGGGUCUCUUCAGAACUAGAGGGAGAAAAUGUCAUUUGUCUCAAGCCCUUGGAGAAUUUAUAUGCUGCAGCUUGUACAUAGGCUACUGAUUGGCUUAUUGCCUUUUUAUUUAGCGUUUGUCAAAACCAAGAGCCAUAAAUUAGUGACAAAAAUGGAAGUAGGAAAGGCAAUCCAAUCCUCUCUGCUUACUUUCUCACUGUUUCCAAGGAAAUAAUGGUUAGAGAUCAUUCAAAAUCUUGCAUGGGGUAAAUGGUUCUGAGGUGCUUACUUAUCUUCCCAUGAGCAUCUGAGUCUCUCCUCAGAAAGUAGCCUGUGUCUGCUUAGCUGAAGACAGGGAUGGUGGGACAGCCAUGACAUUUCUCCUCUGUGGGCCACCAACUAAGCCUAUUUUGCUUUUCUGUUGUGUGGACACUCACUUUCCUGGCACACUGGACCUCCCCACUGCCCCAGGCUCCAGGUCUCUUGCUGUGCAUUGUCACAUGUCACAGGAGGCAGCAGUGCAUUGAUCAGGAAGCAUCUUGAACACACCUUGAAAGGCAAACCACAGAGUCUGUGACCAGAUCUUUGCCUGCUUGAAACAACUUUGAUCUUGAUGGGGUAAGCAAAAAUUAAAACUGUCUUGAGAAGCUUAAA